GUCUGGAUGUCGUUCUUAGUGUGUACGUCAUUUAUGGGUGUCAUCCUGUGGCUGCUGCAGAAGGCGUGGUCGUGGGUGUCAGGUGAGCUCGGUGUCAGCCUGGUGCCCACAGUCUUCCAUACCUGGGGGAUUAUGCUGUUAGCGCCUAUCCCUACACUGCCUACUAACAGCACUGGCCGGGUGUUGAUAGGGUGGUGGCUCCUGGUGUGUGUGAUCGUCACCACAGGCUACCGCUCCUCCCUCAUCGCCCACCUCUCCGUCCAGGGCAAGUACCCGCCCAUUAACACCUUCCAGGAUCUCCUCAACCGAGAUGGCUGGUCUUGGGGUUCUUAUAAAUUUGAGGGAGGUAAUUUCCUCUACUUCAACGGAAGUACUGAUCCUGAUGUUCUAGAAAUAAAUAGAAAUAUGGAGGUUUUUGAGACGGAAAAUUGGCUGGAGCAUACACUGGCUGGCGAGUUCUCCUUCAUUUACCUCAAGACGUGGAUCCAGAUUUUUGUGGCUAGGCACUACACCGACAAGUACGGUAAUACACCUUACCAAUAUGGCACCACCGAAUAUCCCAUUUUUGGAGGCAACGUCUGGGGUUUCAGGCAAGUAAAUUGUGACAAAAUUUCCCUUUUUCAAUUAAUACUUUCUGAGGCAAUUCAUGAUGAAAUUACAGUUCAAGUAUGUAUUAUUCCAUAUAAAUAUUUCUUUAUUUGAAGAGCUAAAGUGUAUAAAGA